UCUUCCGGUGUCCCGUACAUACCUGAGUUCAAGAAUUUUACUUCCAUUAUUUUUCACAAUAGCUUAGCUUCUUCCACUCGUCUUCCCGCCGAUAAAAAAAAUCAGCUACUGCUAGACAGAGUAACAGAGUCUUCUCCAGGAAUCUUCACUCACUUUGCUCAAUCGCAAGACAUGAAUUCCGAUUGAGAAAUCGCUAAAGUAACCGGAAAUUAAGGAAGAAAAAUGGCGUCAGUGUAUAUACCGGUACAGAACUCCGAGGAGGAAGUGAGAGUAGCUUUAGAUCAGCUUCCUCGAGACGCUAACGAUAUUCUCGACAUUCUCAAAGCGGAACAAGCCCCUCUCGAUCUCUGGCUCAUCAUUGCGAGAGAGUACUUUAAACAAGGCAAGGUCGAACAAUUUCGCCAGAUAUUGGAGGAAGGAUCUAGUAAUGACAUUGAUGAGUAUUAUGCUGAUGUUAAGUACGAGAGGAUUGCUAUUCUAAAUGCAUUAGGAGCGUAUUAUAGCUAUCUCGGUAAAAUUGAGACUAAACAGAGGGAAAAGGAAGAAUACUUUAUACAGGCAACUGGAUAUUAUAAUAAAGCUUCGAGGAUUGACAUGCAUGAGCCUUCUACUUGGGUUGGCAAAGGUCAGCUAUUACUUGCCAAGGGCGAAAUACAGCAGGCAUAUAAUACUUUUAAGAUUGUUCUGGACGAAGAUAACGAGAAUGUAUCUGCUCUUUUAGGUCAGGCAUGUGUUGAGUACAAUCGCGGUCAUUACAGUGAAUCUCUGAAGACAUACAAGAGGGCAGUGCAAGUGUUUCCCGAGUGUCCUGGAGCUGUAAGGCUUGGUAUAGGUCACUGCUAUUAUAAGUUGGGCAAUGUUAAAAAAGCUCGGCAAGCAUUUGAACGGGUUUUUCAGUUAGAUCCAGAAAAUGUUGAAGCUCUUGUAUCCCUUGCAAUUUUGGAUUUGCAAAAGAAUGAUGCUAAAGGAAUAAGGAGAGGAAUGGAAUAUAUGCAGAGAGCCUUUGAGAUAUACCCUUACUGCGCAAUGGCUCUGAACUACCUAGCAAAUCACUUUUUUUUCACUGGUCAACAUUUCUUAGUUGAGCAACUGACUGAAACUGCUCUUGCUGUGACUAAUCAUGGACCAACGAAGUCACACUCCUACUAUAAUUUAGCACGCUCUUAUCACAGCAAGGGGGACUAUGAAACAGCUUCAGGAUACUACUGGGCAUCUGUGAAGGAAAUUAACAAACCCAGUGAAUUUGUAUUUCCUUAUUAUGGAUUGGGACAAGUGCAGCUGAAGCUAGGAGAGGUUAAAAAUGCACUGUCAAAUUUUGAAAAAGUUUUGGAGGUUUACCCCGAUAGUUGCGAGACAUUGAAAGUUCUAGGGCACAUUUAUGUUCAGCUUGGGCAGAUUGAGAAGGCUCAAGAACUUUUGAGGAAGGCUACAAAAAUAGAUCCUCGUGAUGCACAGGCUUUUCUCGAUCUUGGUGAGCUGUUGAUUUCAUCAGACCCAGGAGCAGCUCUUGAUGCCUUGAAAACUGCACUCAGUCUUCUGAAAAAGGGGAAGCAAGAAGUGCCGGUGGAGCUGCUUAACAAUAUUGGAGUUAUUUAUUUUGAAAAGGAAGAACUGGAGCUCGCUCUAGAAACUUUCAAGGAGGCUGCAGGUGAUGGAAUAUGGCUUGCUUUCCUAGAUGGUAAAGCAAAAACCUAUACAAUUGAUGCAGCUGUAUCUAUUCAGCAAUUCAAAGACAUGCAAUCGUUUCAUCGUAUAGAGCAAGAUGGUCAUUGCAUUGAACUACCUUGGAAUAAAGUGACUGCUUUAUUUAACUUGGCCAGAUUACUUGAGCAGAUGCAUAAAACUGAAACUGCAAGUGUCUUGUACCGUCUUAUUUUGUUUAAGUAUCCAGACUAUGUGGAUGCUUACAUGAGGCUGGCUGCCAUCGCAAAGGCUCGAAAUAAUCUUCAAUUCAGCAUUGAACUGGUUAAUGAGGCCCUGAAGGUGAACGACAAGUGCCCAAAUGCAUUAUCUAUGCUUGGUGACUUGGAGCUGAAAAAUGAUGACUGGGUUAAGGCAAAAGAAACCUUGCGUGCUGCUAGUGAAGCAACUGAUGGGAAAGAUUCUUAUGCGACUCUAUCUCUGGGGAACUGGAACUAUUUUGCUGCAAUACGCAAUGAAAAAAGAAAUCCUAAGCUGGAAGCUACUCAUUUGGAGAAAGCCAAGGAACUUUAUACUAGAGUUCUAGUUCAGCAUACAGCUAAUCUGUAUGCCGCCAAUGGUGCUGGAGUGGUAUUGGCAGAGAAAGGACAUUUUGAUGUCUCAAAAGAUCUUUUUAUGGAAGUCCAAGAGGCUGCAAGUGGAAGCAUUUUUGUCCAGAUGCCAGAUGUGUGGAUAAACUUGGCACAUGUUUAUUUUGCUCAAGGCAAUUUUGCAUUAGCUGUUAAGAUGUAUCAAAAUUGUUUGCGGAAGUUCUAUUAUAAUACAGACUCGCAAAUUCUCUUGUAUUUAGCUCGUACGCAUUAUGAAGCUGAACAGUGGCAGGAAUGCAAGAAAACUUUACUAAGAGCUAUCCACUUGGCGCCUUCAAAUUACGUUCUGAGGUUUGAUGCGGGUGUUGCAAUGCAAAAAUUCUCAGCAUCUACUCUACAGAAAACAAAGAGAACAGUUGAUGAGGUGCGCUCAACGGUUGAUGAGCUGGAAAAUGCUGUUCGAUUAUUUAGUCAGCUGUCUGCUUCUUCCAACCUUCACUUCCAUGGGUUUGAUGAGAAGAAAAUCAAUACCCAUGUUGAGUAUUGCAAGCAUUUACUAGAGGCUGCAAAAGUUCAUCGUGAAGCAGCUGAGCGUGAGGAGCAACAGAAUCGGCAAAGACAAGAAGUUGCUCGACAGAUGGCAAAGGCUGAUGAAGCCCGUCGAAAGGCAGAGGAACAAAGAAAAUUUCAGUUGGAGAAGAGAAAGCAGGAGGAUGAACUAAAAAGGGUGCGGCAACAAGAGGAGAAUUUUGCACGUGUAAAGGAGCAAUGGAAGACCAGUACUCCUGCUUCUAAACGAAGAGACAGACCUGAGAUGGACGAGGAGGAGGGAGGCCAAAGUGAGAAGAGGAGAAGAAAAGGUGGAAAGAGGAGAAAGAAGGACAAGAGCUCGAAGUCACGCUAUGAGACAUUAGAAGGAGAAGCUGACAUGAUGGACGAUCGUGAAGAGCUGGAAGAUGAAGAUGCAAAUACAAAUUAUAGGAAACACAGACUCCAGCUGGAUGAUCAGGAUAAUAAUGCAGAAGAAAAUGCUCAGGAACUUCUUGCAGCAGCUGGGCUUGAAGAUUCUGAUGCAGAGGAUGUAGCUGCACCUUCCUCGGCAGGUAGGAAGAAACGGGCAUGGUCAGAAUCUGAUGAAGAUGAGGUACUGGACAGAAAUCAACAGUCCAGUCCAGUCCGUGGAGUUCCUGCUGACCUACAGGAGAGUGAUGGAGAAAUCAGGGAUGAUGCCGAUAAUCAAUAUGGUGAUAAUGCUGCUGCUGACGAGGAGGAUUAAAUAUGAAGUUUUGAACUCUAGCUGUAGGAACUAAUUAACAUGCAAAUGUUUCGUGAAAGUUGUAUGCUUUGUGCAUUAGGAAAAUAGACUUACUUUAUUUUCCGUAUAUAUAUCUGCAUGCUUCCCGGAAUUGUCACAUAAAUUAUAGCUGUUAUAUGCUAUAGGCUACACAGUUUAGAGUUGGGUGUUCAAAUUUUGUUUAUGCGAGUCCUGAACUUUAGAUAAGAUGGUAUUCUUAGUAUAAUCCUGAUAAUUUGUAUUAUUUUUA